AACGUAAUGAACUUCUAUCAAUGGAGGCAUCUAGCGGAUUAGAGAAAGAAGACAUGGAGCAUACAAUGAAGACAUGUUUAAACGUUUAAACUCAGCCAUACCUUUCAUCAACUGUAUUGCUCGAAAAUAUCUCGAUGCAAGCUUUUCGACGUUAAAAAGGGUACAAGUAUUUAGUGUUCAAUCGAUCAAACAGACAAUAACAUUAUCAUCAACCCAGGUUGACAUGACAAAAAUGGGCUAUUGUCACAUUGAGCACCGUAAAGCUGAAAUGCCUGUCACGACGAAAAAUACAAACGGCUCUGUGUAAUGGAGCUGCUUGAAACAUUGACAAUGUUAAUAAGUGAACAAACAAAAAC